AGCACUGAAGCAAAAAUGGUUUCUUUUUUCAAUGUUGAAUAAUUCGAUGAAUACAAAUCGUACAACGCUCAACAAGUGCGCAAAUUAAUGGUAAAGAUACACGCUUUCAAACGUUGUGAAUAGCAUUUGUGUGAUAUUUGUAGUUCACGUUAAAUAAACUCGCAAAAUUCGUAACAAAUUUUGCCGCAUCUUUAUUUUUAUCCGUAUAGCUCCGUAAAAGAUAUGUUUUCAAAGUCGAUAUUAAAAAUAUGCAGAAACAUUAAACUGUAAAAUGCGUUUUCAUGUAACGAAGUUCUCUCUCGAUCGUUGUAUCAUUUCAAUCGUGAUAGUCGUAAACGCUUCAUCAAUUUGAUCACUCAUUGGCAGUAUUUACAGGCAUGCGAUGCACAUAUUCUUAUUGUUUUCCGUAAUAAGAAACCAUGAUAUUAAAUCUGGUGACUUCGUUGACUACGCUCGAGAAUUUCCACAGUCAAACCACAGAUCUUUUCGGUUUAAAAUUUACCGUGUGCGUUUUGCAUUGUGUUGCUUCGUCAUGUGGAAAUCACUUAAUACGUUGCUUUUCCAUGAUAUAUCCAAUGAUAUAUCUUCAAAUAAUUCGGACAAAUCUUCAGAGAAAAAAAUCACUAUAAAUAUCGCCAUCAAUUUUUGUAGGAAGUUUGAAUGGUUCGAUGUGCACAUACAUACUUUAUGGUUAUUCUUCUAUUUUUUUAACAUACUAGUCAUUAAUUAUUCUACAAUUAUUUUUUAAAUUAUCUAACAUUAAAGACGAUAUGUAAAAGUGUAAACGCGACUAUAAAAUGGCAACUUUUUAAAAUUAGGUAAAUUAAUUUUCUAAAUAAACAUAACGCUAACUACAACAAUUUCACCAAAUGUUAAAUUGACUACCACAAUAAUAAAUAAUUUAAAUUUCCGAGUUUAAAAAAUCAAGUUUAAAUAAUCUCAAAAUAUCAAUACAUUUUAAAUCAUCGCAACAAAAUUAUAAUUUAAAAUAAAAUAGUGAUAUAUUCAAAUAUUUUUGGAAAUAACCUCUAGUGAAAAUAAUGAAUAAAUAAGUGAUCUGAAAAUAAAUUAUAGUCAUUGAAAACAAGUAAAUGUGCACUGCUACAUUAUUUUAAAGGCCACAUUAUUUUAAAAUAUUCGAAAUUAUUUUAUUGCAUCCAAUGCUUCAAUUACUAAUUAUAACAAAGUAAAUGAUGAAGUACAUUUAUUUUUAUUAAAAGUAAUAGUUGCCAAUAAUUUUAGUAUAGCUUCUUCAGUUAACACUUUUCUAGUACAAGACUAGGGUCUAUCUUCCUUAUGAUUAGUGAUCCAAUAUUUCUUAUCCGAUUAAUAAUUGCAGAAUUACAUUUUCAUUAGAAUGUCUGAAAAUUGGAAAACAUUGGAUGAAUAAUCUUGCAGUAGCGUCUACAAGAAGCAGAGAGAAGAAAAUGAGCGCCAUUUCCAUAAAAAUCUACUGCUACUCUUCGGCAAAUUUCAACGAAUCAUAUCGAAUGAUGCACAUUUGUUUCUCUGUGUACAUAUGUAUAAUAACAAAUUGUCAUGACAAACAAAGAAAUGUUAAAAAAAUAAAAAUUAAAAGAAAAUCAAAUAUCCACGUUUUUCUGUCUUCAAAGAGUCAAUUUUAUUUUCAAAAAAUUGUCAUGGAGUAUUCAACUCAAGAAUAUUGUGAGAUGAUAAUAUUGUACGGCGAGUGUGGAAGAAGCGCAGAAGCUACUGCAAGGUUAUACGCUGAACGUUUUCCGAAUCGCAGACAUCCUAGUACAAAUGUAAUUUUGCGAUUAAUAAAUCGGGCAAGAAAUAUCGGAUCACUAAAACCAUUACACGCAAUAAAUGACCCUGAGCGUCGUGCUAGAAAUGUAGCAAAUGAAGAAGCUGUGCUUCAGGCAAUUGAAGAAGAUCCAAUGAGGAGCAUUCGGAAUGUUUCAAAAAUGCUUAAUUUGUCAUUUUCGACAACGCAGCGAAUCUUAAAAAAUAAUGAGAUGCAUGCGUACCACUUUUCACGUGUACAAAAUUUAAUGCCUUUUGAUUAUAAUAAAAGAAUAAAUUUUUGUAUGUGGAUUCUGCAAUGUCAUAGAGAAGAUCCUCAUUUUGUGGAAAAUAUCAUGUUUACUGACGAGUCGAUGUUUACGAGAGAUGGCAUUUUCAAUACACAUAACUUUCAUUUUUAUGCAGAUGAAAAUCCGCAUGUGUAUAACAUUGGCAACUAUCAACACAAAUUCAGUAUUAAUUUGUGGGCUGGCAUAUACAAAAAUUCUGUGAUUGGACCAUUCGAACUUCCUGCAAGAGUUAAUGGCGAAAUUUAUAGUAAUUUUCUCUCUGAACAUUUGUCCGAACUACUUGAGGAUAUAUCAUUAGAGGAGCGACGUGCUAUGUGGUUCCAACACGACGGAGCACCUUCACAUAAUGCAAGGCGCACGCGGGAAACUUUAAAUAGGAAAUAUCCUAAUAUGUGGAUUGGCCGUGGAGGUCCUCGAGCAUGGUCAGCGAGGUCACCUGAUUUGACACCCCUUGAUUUUUUUUUAUGGGGAACUAUAAAAGAGUACGUGUAUCGCGUGUCUAUAAAUACUGUCGAGGAACUAAAUUACCGUAUUAUUGAAGCGUUUGCAAAUAUCACACCUGAAAUGUUAGAACGAUUAAAACAGAGCUUUAUUAGACGUGCUGAAUUGUGUAUUGAAAUGGAUGGUGGCCACCAUUUCGAACACUUAUUAUAAAACUUGAAACAUUAUUAUUCAUUUAAUUAUUUAUUUUAAUUAUUUAUUCAUUAUUUAUUUUUUUACUAUUUAUUUAUUUGUUUAUUUAUUUAACUUCAUUUAAUUGCGUGUUCAUCUAAAAAAUUUGGAUCAAAGGCUCAUAUAGAAUUUUUGAUUCGCGACGAUAACCGUGUUAUCAACACGAGAAAUUGUUAUACAAGAUAUUAUUACAGUUAAUUUAUUGAAAUGUACUAGCUUUUAAGAAAAAAAAUAUAAAAUAUUAUUGUGGCUAGUUCCCGCAAUUAUUUUUAUCGAUUUAGUUUCUUCGAUAUCAUCUUUGUAAAUGACUAUUUCGUUUAUUUAUUUCAUUAAUUAAUAUAUUGUUUCCAUGUGCUUUCGUUAAAAAUAAUGUAAAAUUGAAAAAUAAAUUAAAUUAAAUACUGUGACUGUGGUCUUGAUUAAAAUAAUUUUGUCCAAUGGAUUCUUUUUGUAUUCAACUGUUCUUCGUUUUCAGGCGAGAAUGUAUAGAACUCCGAUAUGUCUAAAAUUUUUUCUUUAUUUUUGAGUGGUCAAUAAAAUGAUUUCCCGUCACAGAUGGUAGAAGAACUAUGAGAAUCAGAAACAAAAAGAAUGAGACUUCAAAACUUUUUUUAUACUAUGUUAAUUUUUGAAACUAUGAGUUAAAAAACUUACAAUAAUGUGUUAAUAAAGCCAAAUGUGAAUAUUCGUCUUUGGAUCGAUUCUUAGAUGUUACUUAUACGACUUACGGUAGGAGACUGCCAAUUUAAAACAAGUAGGCCAACAGAAAGUGAGAUAAAAAUAUAAAUAUAAGUAUGUGUGUGUUUGUUAUGCAUAUUCAAAUGGAGAUGCGUCAAAUCUCUAAACCUUUUACAAAAUUUGCAAAGUUCCACGGCGUAAAAUAAAAAUUACAUGCAAAUGUGGUUUAUGACAUUCGAAAGCAUGAAUUUCUACCUUUAAUUUGCGUAUUUGUUAAACGUUGUACAAUUUUUGUUCACCGAAUUAUUCAACACUGAACCAACAGUGCAUUCUUUUGCUUCAGUGCUGAAUAACUUAGUGAAAAAAAAUUGUACAACAGUCAACAAAUACGCAAAUUAAAGG